CGUCCUUGACAGAAACCAAAACAACAGGAUGUACAAAGAGGCGUUUCCUUUUUUCACAAAUGUGUUGCUGACACAGUCACGUAGCUACUUCCUGUUGUCUCAGUAACAGCAUGGCAGAGAUGAAACCACAACUCUGAGAAAAACUAACCUUACUAAUAACUUCACCAGAAGGGGUAUUCAGCCAAUCAGUAGCCAUCACGUUUCUGGACCAAGAUGAGAAGACCCCCCCACUCUCUUGAUUCGCCUGAGACAGAGAAGGGACGUGAAGAAAGAGAUGCUAAAUUGGUGGAUGAUAACCGGGCGGACCUCAUUCAGAGGGUUACCAUGGUGAUGCCCAUAGCAGAUGCACUGUUCCAGUGGGGUAUGAUCCACCAAGAGGCGUACAAUAAGAUUAAAGCUGCCCGGACCAGUCAGGAUCAGAUGAGGGAGCUGUUCGAGUUCUUAAACGCAAAUAAAGUCAAAUCAGCCUUCUAUAGGCUCCUUCUGAAAGUAGAGGCUUAUUUGUUCCCGGUGCCAGUGGAUGACGACACACAAAGAAUUAAGGACAAACUUAAAGACAGUCUGAAGACGAGGUUUGGAUUUGUGUUUGAAGGCACCGCAGUGGAACAAACUCCCCUCAGCAACAUCUACACACAGCUCUACAUCACACAAGGACAGAGUGAAGGAGUUAAUAGAGAACAUGAGAUCCGGCAGAUUGAAUAUACACGCAGGGCCAAAACAUCUACAGACACUCCAAUCAACUGCAAUGACAUCUUCAAGCCCUUAUCUGGAGAAGACAGAGAAAAGGAGAGACCCAUCAGAGCUGUGCUGAUGAAGGGCAUCGCUGGCAUUGGAAAAACAGUCUCUGUGCAGAAGUUCAUCCUCGACUGGGCUGAAAGAAAAGCUAAUCAGGAUGUUGAUUUCAUCUUUGUGCUUCCACUCCGAGAGCUGAAUCUGAUUCAAGAUGACCAGUACAGUCUUCAUGGACUUUUGCGUUACUUCCACCCUGAACUUACAGCGAUAAAAGAGGCAAAGACAUAUGAUACCUGCAAAGUCAUGUUCAUCUUUGAUGGUCUGGAUGAAAGCAGACUGCCAUUAGGUUUUCAUCAGAACAAGAGGUUGACUGAUCUAACUGAGACAUCAUCAGUUGACAGGUUGAUGACAAACCUCAUCGAGGGGAAUCUACUCCCUGAAGCUCUCCUAUGGAUAACCUCCCGACCAGCAGCAGCCAAUCAGGUCCCCUGUAAGUACAUUGACAAGGUGACAGAAGUACGAGGGUUCAACGACAAACAGAAAGAAGAAUACUUUAAGAAGAAUGUUGAGGAUGAGAACCGGGCCAGGAGAAUCAUCUCACACAUUAAUACAUCAAGGAGCAUCCAUAUCAUGUGCCACAUACCAGUCUUCUGUUGGAUUACUGCUAGGGUUCUUGAGCAAAUGUUGAGUGAAGAUAAGAGUGGAGAGAUCACAACUCUGACUGAGAUGUACAAUCACUUCCUGCUCAUUCAGACAAACCUGAAAAGCAAGAAGUACGAUGGGGAAAAUGAGACUGAUCUGGACAUAAUCAUAGAAAGACACAAAGAAAUCAUUCUCAAACUGGCACAACUUGCAUUUGAACAGCUGGUGAAGGGCAAUCUCAUAUUCCCUAAGAAAGACCUGGAGGAGUGUGGCAUUGAUGUCAGUGAAGCCUCAGUGUACUCUGGGUUUUGCACAGAAAUCCUGAAAGAGGAGUAUGGGCUGUAUCGGAAGAAAGUGUACUGCUUUGUCCACCUGAGCUUCCAGGAGUUCCUUGCUGCUCUGUAUGUGUUCCACUGCUGUGCGAGCAAGAACAUCAAGGCCCUGGAGCCUUUCAUUGGGGAUGUGUCAUCAGAGCUGUCCUUGUCUGAGCUGCUGAAGAUGAUGGUGGAUAAAGCCUUGGAGAGUGAGAAUGGACACCUGGACCUGUUCCUCCGCUUCCUUGUUGGCAUCUCAACAGAAUCCAACCAGAGACUGUUACAUGACCUACUGCCACAAACAGAGAUCAGCUCAGAGACUGUCAAGGAAAUUAAGAAAUACCUCAGGGAGCCGAACGUAGAGCAAGUCUCACCUGAUAGGUACAUCAAUCUACUCAUCUGCUUGACUGAGAUGAACGAUGAUUCAGUACAUGAGGACAUUGACAAGUUCCUGAAGUCAGGAAAUGAAACAGGAAAGGAACUUGCAGGUGCACACUUCUCAUCACUGGCCAACGCACUGCUGAUGUCAAAGGGUGUGCUGGAUGAGAUUGACCUGAGGACAUACAACUUGUCCCCUGGGUGUACGAGACUGGUCCCAGCUGUAAGGAAAUGGAGAAAGGCCAUACUGAUUGGCUUUGAACUCUCUAUGGAGGACUACGAAUCACUGGCCUCCAUUCUCCAAUCAGCAGACUCACAUCUAAGAGAGCUGCACCUGGACGACAUCGGGGAGCGUGAUCCGGAUGGUGUCGAUGAUCCUGAUGGUGACGAUGAGGCCAGACUGACUGUUCUCGUUGCUGCGCUGACUGUUGUCCUCGCUGCACUGAAACAUCCACACUGUAAACUGGAGACACUGAGACUGGGUGGCUAUAAACUCUCCGAAGAGCACUGUGGAUUACUGCCCUCUGCUCUCCAAUCAGCAGACUCACAUCUGAGAGAACUGGACCUGAGAGACACCAAGCUGUCUGAUGGUGGUGGGAGGGAACUCUUCACUUCUCUGAAACAUCAGAACUGUAAACUGCACAAACUGCGACUGUCUAGCUUUAGACUCUCUGAAGAGGACUGGGGAUCACUGGUCUCCGUUCUCCAAUCAGCAGGCUCAGCUCUGAGAGAACUGGACCUGGACCUGAGGAACAGUGGACUGUCUGAUGGUGGUGGGAGGGAACUCUUCACUGCUCUGAACCAUCCACACUGUAAACUACAGACACUGAGGCUGAACGGAUGUUCCCUGACAAAGAAAGGUGUGAAGCAUUGGGUCAAUUCAGCUCUCAGCUCAAACUCCUCUCACCUGAGAGAGCUGGAUCUGAGUCACAAUGACCUGCAGGAUUCAGGAGUGAAGCUGCUCUCUGAUGGACUGGGGAAUCCACACUGUCAACUAGAGAAACUGAGGCUGUCAUUCUGCAGAGUCACAGAGGAAGGCUGUGUUUCUCUGGCUUCAGCUCUGAGGUCAAACCCCUCCCAUCUGAGAGAACUGGACCUGAGCUUCAAUCACCCAGGAGACUCUGGAUUGAAGCUGCUCUCUGCUAGACUGGAGGAUCCACACUCUAGACUGGAGAAACUCAAGCUGUCACUCUGUAGAGUCACAGAGGAAGGCUGUGCUUCUCUGGCUUCAACUCUGAGGUCAAACCCCUCCCAUCUGAGAGAACUGGACCUGAGCUUCGAUCACCCAGGAGACUCUGGAGUGAAGCUGCUCUCUGCUAGACUGGAGGAUCCACACUGUAGACUGGAGAAACUCAAUGUGGACCAUACAGAAGAGAUCUGGGUUAAACCACAGCUGAUGAUGAAAUAUGCCUGUGAUCUCACACUGGACCCAAACACAGCACACAGAAACCUCUCUCUGUCUGAGGGGAACAGAAGGGUGGAGAGGGUUAAAGAGGAGCAGCCGUAUCCUGAUCACCCAGAGAGAUUUGAUCACUAUACCCAGGUGUUGUGUGGAGAGGGUCUGACUGGGUGCUGUUACUGGGAGGUAGAGUGCAGUGGGCCGGCUGACAUUGGAGUGACAUAUAAAGGCAUCAGUAGAAAAGGAGAUGGUUUUGCCGGUGAAUUUGGAUACAAUAAGAAGUCCUGGCGUCUGCUCUGCCGUGGGAAUCAUUAUAAUGCCCUCCACAAUAGUCAAUAUACUACAAUACACGCUCCACACCUCAUCAACCCUCCUCAAGCCCAGAGAGACCAGUGCUCCUCCCCUCCACGCCUCGGAGUAGGAGUGUUUCUGGACUGGCCGGUCGGCACACUUUCCUUCUAUGAGAUCUACUCUGACACAAUGACCCACCUGUACACAUUCCAGACCACAUUCACCGAGCCCCUCUACCCAGGGUUUAGUGUUUCUAAUGAGGGCUCUUCAGUGUCCCUGAGACAGGGAGAGUAGUCUCCUAUGUCCUGGAGGAACACCUGGGUCUCCAUGGAAACACAGUCACACUCCUGUUCUAACCCAACCAUGUGUCAUGAUGGGGUGUUGUUGACUGUGAUCAUGACAUCAGAUAUGGACAUUGUAACAGAUAAAUGUUGUUGACAGUGAUCAUGACUUCAGAUAUGGACAUUGUAACAGAUAAAUGUUGUUGACAGGGAUCAUGACAUCAGAUAUGGACAUUGUAACAGAUAAAUGUUGUUGACAGGGAUCAUGACAUCAGAUAUGGACAUUGUAACAGAUAAAUGUUGUUGACAGGGAUCAUGACAUCAGAUAUGGACAUUGUAACAGAUAAAUGUUGUUGACAGGGAUCAUGACAUCAGAUAUGGACAUUGUAACAGAUAAAUGUUGUUGAUAGGGAUCAUGACAUCAGAUAUGGACAUUGUAACAGAUAAAUGUUGUUGACAGUGAUCAUGACAUCAGAUAUGGACAUUGUAACAGAUAAAUGUUGUUGACAGGGAUCAUGACAUCAGAUAUGGACAUUGUAACAGAUAAAUGUUGUUGUCAGUGAUCAUGACAUCAGAUAUGGACAUUGUAACAGAUAAAUGUUGUUGACAGUGAUCAUAACUUCUGAUAUGGACAUUGUAACACAUACGUUGUUGAAAGGUAUCUUGAUUUGAAUAAAAAAUGGAAACUGGUUGCUAUACCAUAAAAUGCCAAAGUAUUCAUGCCCGGGUCCUCCCGAGUGUCACAGCGGUCUAAGGCACUGCUUGAGGCAUCACUAUAACCCAGGGUUCGAUCCCAGGCUGUGUCACAGCCGUCCGUUACCGGGGGACCCACAAGGUGGCUCUUAAUUGUGAAAAACUGAGUUUAAAUGUAUUUGGCUAAGGUGUAUGUAAACUUCCUAAUUCAACUGUAUGUAAUAUUCAUUUAGAUACGGAAUAUCUGUAUUUAUAUUAUUGUCUAAUCUAUUAUAUAUUGUCAUUAUACAGUGUCGUUCAAAAGUUUGGCGUCACUUAGAAAUGUCCUUGUUUUUGACUGAAAAUCCCCAAAAAAUGUGUCCAUUAAAAUAACAUCAAAUUGAUCCGAAAUAUAGUGUAUACUAUACAGUGUUAAUGUUGUAAGUGACUAUUGUAGCUGGAAACUACUGAUUUUGUAAUCGAAUAUCUACAUAGGCGUACAGAGACCCAUUAUCAGCAACCAUCACUCCUGUGUUCCAAUGGCACGUUGUGUUAGCUAAUCCAAGUUUAUCAUUUUAAAAGGCUAAUUGAUCAUUAUAAAACCCUUUUGCAAUUAUGAUAACACAGCUGAAAACUGUUGUCAUGAUUAAAGAAGCAAUAAAACUGUCCUUAUUUAGACGA